AUGACUUCCAUUGCUGACGAGAUCGAGUACAAGCUCGAUACUGUCGAGACGCAGUCCGUUGCCGCCAAUGACAUUGACAAGACCUUCCGCACGACAUGCAUUGACCUCAUCUCCAGUGCCCUCGGUGGCAAGGUCCUCGGCUUCUCAGACCAAUGGUUCUGCGAAGCCACCAACCUCUUGAACCCAAAGGCCCCCAUCCGGCAGCAGGGCAAGAUGGUCUUCACAGGUGCCUGGUACGAUGGCUGGGAGACCCGGAGACACAACUCGGAGCCUUUCGACUACGUCGUUAUCAGACUGGGCGUCGCCUCGGGCACCAUUGAGGGUAUCGAGGUCGACACGGCCUUCUUCAACGGCAACCACGCCCCCGCCAUCUCGGUCGAGGGAUGCUUCAGCCAGGACGACGAGGAGGUUGCAUCGUGGAAGGGUGGCCGGGGCAAAUGGGAGACCAUCCUCGGCGUGCAAGAGUGCGGUCCCUCGGAGCGGUUCUGCUGGAAGCUCAAGACGCCCACGCAGAAGCAGUACACUCACGUGAGGCUCAACAUGUACCCCGAUGGCGGCAUUGCGCGAUUCCGACUCUUCGGCCACGCUGUCCCCGUCUUCCCCGACGACAAAGAUGUCAUCUUCGACCUCGCGGCGGCUCAGAACGGUGGUCUCGCCGUGUCGUGCAGCGACCAGCACUUUGGCAACAAGGACAACCUCCUGCUGCCCGGCCGCGGUAAGGACAUGGGUGACGGCUGGGAAACGGCUCGAUCGCGGGCCAAGGGCCACACCGACUUUGCCAUCAUCAAGCUCGGAGCUCCGGGCUACAUCGAGAGGUUCGGCUGCGAGUGGACCGGCCACGGAGACCCGGUGGCCGACGCCGUAGCUUGGCGGGAGUUUGUGCCUCCGAGCAAGACGGGGCCGGAUCAGGAGCACGAGUUCAAGAGCGCCGACGGGGAGAAGGACCGUCUGGUUACCCAUGUCAAGCUUAUCAUGAUCCCCGACGGCGGAGUGAAGCGAUUGCGCGCAUUUGGCAAGCGUGCUGGACAAGUGGGUAGGUUGCCCUCCACGACACCUCGCACGAUAUCAACACAACCACAAGGCAUCAGUUCGCAGCGCCCAACGACAUCUCCCCGCCCAACAGUGGCAACUCGGUUCAAACACGCAGCGCAGACUUAUUCACACACCGUAUGCGAAAUAUAUCCUCCGAAGCGACUCCCUCCAAAUUCCCAUGAGCCAUCUGCGGCAUCUGGCUCUGCCCCUCCCUCCGCCAUGGAUCUAGGGGACUCUCUCGGCCCCGACGGCCUGCCCGACAACAAGCCUCGAGCCCUCCCCUCUGACCUCCCCAGGUCCCUCGACGACAGGCGACAUGUGCCAAACGAGCAUCUCGUCACCGAGACCGAGAUGUACGAUGGCUGGCAAGGCCAGUCCCAGUUCCUCACCACGCCAGCCCUGGCGAAGCCCCUAAACUUUGGAAACCUGUCGCUCAACGACCCCGACUACGACGACAAUGUCACAAAGGGUCCCAAGGACAGCGACACGCGACUCAUGGAGAUGCUGGCCGCCCAAGCCGCCCACCAGUCUGGUUCAGGGUUUGAAGACGAGGAUGAGAUUGUGAAUGACGAGAAGCUACCAGACUCCGAGAAGAAGGUGAAACUUCAAAAAGCCCUCAACAUGGCUGCCAGCAACGGUGAUGUCGAGAGGAUCGGGAAGUUAUUGAAUGGCAAGGCAAAAGAGUACAUCGAUAUAAACGCCGAGGACGAAGACGGAACACCGCCGCUCAUCUAUGCGAGCUGCUUUGGCCAUGAACCCGUAGUGCAGGCACUGAUCGGGGCGGGCGCCGACGUCAACAAGCAGGAUCGUAAUCAAUGGACAGCUCUCAUGUGGGCCAUGACAAAUCGACACAAGGGCAUCGCGAAACUCCUCCUCGACAACAAUGCCUCCUCAGACCAAAAGACGUCAUCCGGUCGAACAGCAUUCGACUUUGUCCCCCCAGACAGCGAGAUGUCGUAUUACCUCCACGACAAUGGCUACAACAUCGGAAGUGCUGGCGUCACAGAUGACUUUUACAGCCCUGGCUUUACGCAGGAUCGGUUCGAGGAGGAGAUGGCCGAGAAUGAGAUGCGAAGGCGGUUGAUGAUGGAGAGUGCUCGAGAUCUUGAAGUUGACCUGGGAAACGUGGGCAUGGAUGACCAGCCCGAGCCGGUCGACGAAUUCGAGGAGGAACAGCAGGAGUUUGAUUGGAACCGCUGUCUCCAUGACCAAAUGUUCGUCUUCCAGGAGCACGAACUCGACCGGAUACUCGAUAUAAUCAUCACCAAGAUGACGCCUCAGAGAUCGCCGUCGCAAAAACCUGUUCCGGCAAACAUGAUAUUCUUGAGCGCCCGAUAUGCCCAUUACCAUUCGAGCCGGGAGCUGCUUGAACGGCUCCUCGUCUCGGCCAUGGACUAUAUCAAUGACGUCGUUGAGAGGUGUCAGUGGGAUAUGACCAUUCUGGCAUUCUGGAUCUCUAACGCUACCCUCCUGCUUCACUACCUCAAAAAGGAUGCUGGCCUCUUCCAUGCGACGGCCGAGUUCCAAGCCCAGCUCGCUGAGCUCAUCAAUGAGAUCUUCAUUCUCAUCGUGCGAGAUGCCGAGAGGCGUCUGGACAAGGUAUUGGAUGUGGCCAUGUUGGAUCAUGAAACCAUUCCUGGAUUUGAGGACAUCACAUUCCAGAAUGAGUGGAAGAUAUUCAAGCGAAAGGCUCAGGUCAAGGAAGAGCCCAUCGAGAAGCGUUUCCGGCCUCCCUCACCCAAGCAGCGGGCGAAGCCAGCUCCCAGAAACGUCACUUCUCUACUCUCAUCGACUCUCUUUGUGCUCGACCUUUACGACAUCCACUCGGUCAUCUCGGCUCAGAUCAUCUCGCAAUUGCUCUACUGGAUCGGAGCAGAGCUUUUCAAUCGCAUCAUGUCGAACCGCAAGUAUCUGGCCAGAACAAAAGCCAUGCAGAUCCGCAUGAAUAUUUCAAUAUUGGAGGAUUGGGCACGGACAAAUAACAGGCAAGCAGACCACUACGAGGGAAGCGACAUGCGUUCGUCUGGAGAGACCACGAUUGACGCGGCCCGGAGACACCUGGCACCUGUGAUCCAGCUGCUGCAGUGGCUCCAGUGCUUCUCGUCGCUCGACGCCGAUGACCUGGAGGCGCUGGUGGGUACACUCCAGCAGCUCAAGCGGCUCAGUCCACAACAGCUCAUCCAUGCAGCCAAUCACUACAGGCCAGAGGUGGGCGAAAAGGGGCUGCCCAAGAGCGCCAUGAAGUAUCUCAUCGCCAUCCAAAAGGAGGCAGCACUUAAGCGAGAGCGGCGACGCAGUGGAAUGGCGUCACCGCAGCGGUCGGGCCAGGACAGCAGCCCGGUGACACCCGUCAAGAAUCGGUCAAACGGCAAUCAUCUAGAGACUCCUGGGAGCCCUCCCGAGGACGAAUGGUCCGACGACGAUGACGACGCGCCUGAGCACUUGCUUCUGGAUCCUGCCCUGAUGUUGCCCUUUACGCUGCCCUCAGUGACCGACAUGCUCGUGACAUAUGGCGCUGGAUUUGGAGGAGUGAACCGUGAGCGGGAGCGCAAAUACAUUCCAACGGUGCCGCCCGAGUUCCUGGAAAAGCUGGAGGUGAGCGGGGGCACUCGCAAGGGUCCCAUGUUUGGAGAGGCGGACUGGGAGAAUGAGGAAGUCUGA